AUGACAAGUUUUGAAACUGAGACACUAAUUAGUGAGGGUCAUGAUAGGGCUAAAAUUGAACAAAAAGUUAAAAUCCUUGAAGCCCAGAGAAAGGAAGAGAUGAAGCAGAAGAGGAAGUUGGAGAGAGAAGCAAAGAAGGUAGCUCAAGCCACUCCUAAUGUGGUCUCAAUUACAAUAGAGUCAUUAAAACAACCAGAAGCACCAUCUGGUGAGCCUGCUAGCCCCAAGUUGAAGGAAUCAGUGAAGAGGAAACAAAAACCGGCUAGGCAAUACAUGACUGUGUCUUCUGAGGAGACUGAACCUGAUGACGAGAUAAAACAAGAUCCAAAGAGGAAAGGUGCUUUUGCAAGGGUUGUGAGAGAAAAGAAGGAAGAACAAAAGAAACAACCUGAGAUGGAGCCUCCCCAGAAGACUCCCAAAAUCACAAUUGUACAUAAGCAGAAGCCUAAGGAUGUAGACACAAAGGUUGAGAAUGAAAAAGGUACAAAGGAUAAGGUCUCAGAUGAUGCACCAAAAGUGAGUGAGGCACCAAGUGGCAAAGACCCUAGUACACAGGAGAUGGGAUUCCCAGACACAAACGUUUCUCUGUUUGACACAGAUGCUGUUACAAACACAGACGCUAUUCUGCCCUCCACAGAUGCGCUUAGAUGA